AUGAAUAGUACGCUGGUAAAUGGUGCAGUAAAUACAUCAUGUGCUUUCGAUCCACAUAGCCUUGAAAUCAAAACGAAAUCAAUAGAGCAGACUCUUGUCCCGCUUGUUACUCAGAUAACAACGCUCGUGAAUUUCAAGGAGGGUUAUUUGUCAAGUGGUAAAAAACGAUCCGAGAAAGCUGUUCGCUCAGCUCUGAAAAUAGGAUCAGCAGUAGAAGCAGCUAUUGAACGUUUUGUAGUGGUCGGCGAAACGAUUGCCGAUGAAAAUCCAGAUGUACAACCGGAAAUGUAUGAUGCAUGUCACGAAGCCCGACUCGCAGGAGCUUCAAUAGCAAAUUUAAAUGGUUGUUUAACGGAUGAUUCGGGUAUUGCUAUUGAUAAAUCUGUUCUUGUGCGAGCUGCACGACAGCUCCUAACUUCUGUAACACGAGUUCUUUUGUUAGCAGAUCGUGUUCUUGUCAAACAUAUUCUUAGAUCUGAAGAUAAGAUAGCAUAUUCACUGGUGAAAUUAGAAAAUACAACUAAUUUCACAGAUUUUGUAAAAAUUUUUACCGAAUUUGGUGGUGAUAUGGUUGAUUUGGCUCAUCGCUCAGGUGAUCGGCAGAAUGAUUUAAAAAGUGAGAAACGGCGUGGACAAAUGGUUGUAGCUCGUACGAUGCUGGAACGGUUGACGAUGCUGCUGUUAACUUCAAAUAAAACGCUUUUAAGACAUCCAGAUAGCGAUAGUGCACGGCAGUGUCGAAAUGGAGUUUUUCAGCAGAUGCGUUUGGCCCUUCAGUUGAUCGCACUUUGCGUUUCUGAUGGUGUAUUGCACUUUGAUGCAUCACAUUUUACAUCACCCUCUAGUGAAGAAGUUUUAGAUAUUGGAAUGCAACUAACUGCCAAUGCAGCUAUUAGGCGGUUAAUGGAAAUGUUGGAAAUGGUAAGAAUGACAUGUAAUAUUGGAACUGGUACAAGGGAACGAUUAAUAAGCGCUCUGGAUUCUUUAUGUGAAAUGACUCAGGAUUUUACCGACUCAGCCUAUACACCGCAUCAUCAUCGGGAGCAGAUUUUGGAUUUCUUGGAAGAAUGUCGUUUUGAAUUGACAAAUCUUAUACAGCCUGAUGUUGCUGAUGAACCUCUAAGGAAUGAAAGUAUCGAAGUAAGUGUUGAGAGGCUUACUCGAAGACUGAAGGACCUGAAGAAACAGCUGCAAAUUGUGGCAAUGGAACAAAUGUCGGAAGUAUUACGUACCAAUGAAGACCAAGUAAUUUUGUCAUCCAUAAAAGCAUGUUCUGUGUCGGGUGAUAUUGAUGGUGUUGAAAAAUUUUUUGAAGAAUUUCGAGAGCAUUCAGAACAUAUACAGGAAGUAACUUUCAUGUGUCGACUGUUACAUCAUGUAUCGUUAACGGAUGGUUUACAUGUUGCUACAGGCCACGCAGAACGGAACUUACGAUCUCUUGCUCCGCUGACAUUGUUGGCUGGUCGCACGUUGUGUAUACAUCCAUCAUCACGUAUAGCACGAGAGAAUGUGGAAGUUUUUUGUGACACAUGGGCACAGUGUGUUAAUGAUUUGUCGAGAUUAGCCAAAGAAACAGAUGCAGCAGCAAGCGGUCGUUUAGCAGCGGAGAAACAAGCUUAUAUGUCGCUGCCUAGGCCAGGGAAACAUGGGACGACCCAAAAGCCAACGAAGCCGAUUACGCUUGAUGUGGAAGAUCAACAAAAAAUUGCGAAAGUUGGCUUGGAGAUGAAACUCCUGACUUCCGAAGUUGAUGCAGAAGCAGAAAAAUGGGAUGAAUAUGCGGAAAAUGAUAUUGUGAAGCGUGCCAAAGCAAUGUCAUCAAUGGCUUACAAUAUGUAUCUUUUCACUCGAGGCGACGGACCACUGAAAACAACACAUGACCUUUUCACACAGGCAGAAUUUUUUGCAGAACAAGCUAACAAAAUGUAUAAAACGGUCCGAGAAUUUUCUUAUGAGGUACCUGGAAGUGCUGAGAAAAACGAUCUUUCAACAAUUCUGGAAAAGAUACCUAUACAUUGUCAGCAGCUGCAAGUACUUGUAAAAAGUCCAACAGUUGGUAAACCAGCAACAUUUUCCAAAGUUGAUUCAGUGAUACAAGAGACGAAGAAUUUGAUGAAUGAAAUUGCUAAACUUGUUACUGCUUGCUUCGUUUGUGCAACUAAGUUCGAAAUUGAAUUCCAUGGUUCGUCGGUUCCACGACAAGUUCUUGCUGAUGGCGAAUACACGCAGCGUAGUAGUAGGGAAUCUACGUUGUGGCGGCGGACUCCAUCAAUGCGACGUACCGCACAAGCACCCACAGUUCAGUGA